AUGGGUCAGACACAGCUGAUUGGCUCACCUCAGCCAAUAGUAGCAAACCUUGGUGAUGACAUCAUUUUGCCGUGUUAUCUGGAGCCGGCGAUAAAUGUUGCCGAUUUGACGUUGGAGUGGACGAGGCCCGACAUGGACCCCAGAUUCGUUCAUGUGAUGCGGCUUGGGCAUGAACUUGUGGAAAUGAAACACAAGUUAUUCACGGGAAGAACUUCAAUGUUCACCGAUGAGCUGAAGAACGGAAACAUGUCUUUGAAACUCUCCAACGUACAACUCUCCGAUCAGGGGAAAUACAGAUGUUUCAUUCCAAAACUGGACCGGCAAGCUUUUGUUCAACUAGUUUUUGGUCCUUCCUCUCCGCCUGUCAUCAGGUUAUCAGGGCUGGACGGUCAGAGUGGAGGAGUGGUGCUGCAGUGUGAGUCUGCAGGCUGGUAUCCGGAGCCUGAGGUGUUGUGGCUGGACGCUGAGGGAAAGCUCCUCUCUGCUGGACCUCCAGAGACAGUCAGAGGUCCUGAUGACCUCUAUACUGUCAGCAGCAGAGUGACAGUGGAGAAGAGACCCAGCAGCAGCUUCACCUGCAGAGUCCAGCACCACAACACCAACCGCACCACACAGACGCUAUUCCAUGUUCCAGAUGAUUUCUUCAUAGUCCCUUCUAGUUGUUCUGCUUCUGUUGCUGUUAGCGUGUUGUUUGGAUUCAUGUUUGUGAUCGCUGCUGUCCUUUUUGUCUGGAAAUGGAGACAACACAAAGUUGAGAAAAAGAGAAACCAUUUAGAUGAAGUUGAUAUAGGAGAAAAGAAGAAACUCUCUAAAACUAGAGGUCAGUUUGUGACUGAAGAAGAAGGAGGACAGCUGAUGACAGCUGACACUGUACCAAUGGAGGAUUUGAAGGGAAAAGAGGAAAAGAAGAACAAACAGUUGGAAAGAAAUGAAACUGCUCAAGCCAAGUCUUCUUCCUCUUCUUCGUUAAAAUGGCCGCUGGUUUCCAGACAGAAGUUUGAGGAGGAGCAUCAGAGGAGGGAAGGAGCUGAGAAAGAAGUUCACGUCCUGGAGGAGAAGCUGCUGCAAAACAACAGAGAGACUAAUGAACAGCUGAAGGAGGCACAGGGUCAACUGGAGAGCAAGGAGAAGGAGGCUGAAGCUCUAAUCCUACAUUACUGUUUCUCUUCUGCUCCCCCACAAUGUAACGAGAAGCUCAGAGAUAUGAUGACCAGUAAAGAGAAGGAACUGAAGGACCUAAAGGAAGAGAUGGAGAGCAAGUUUGAGAAGAAGCUCCAGGAGGAGAAGAGAGGAAGAGAGGAAGCUGAGAGAGAACUGAAGGAGGAGGAAGAGGAGAUGAAGAAGGAGAUGAAGGAGGGGAUGGAGACAAAGAGAAGAGAGCUAUCGGACCAAAAAGCAGUCGACCAAUGGAGGUUUGAGAACCAGCUGAAGGAGACACAGAGUCUACUGGAUAUCCAGAGAAAGGAGAACAGCAGAGAGAAGACAAAGUAUAACGAGCUGCUGGUGGAGAAGAGCAGAGGAGAGGAAGCACUGAAGGACCUCAAGAGAGAGAUGGAGAGCAAGGCGGAUGAACUAUUAGCUAAUGUUGAGAAGCUCAAAAAGGAGAAGCAGAGGAGUGAAGACGAGCUGAAGAAGGAGCUGGAGACAAAGACAACAGAGUUUGAGAAGAAGCUCCAGGAGGAGAAGAGAGGAAGAGAGGAAGCUGAGAGAGAACUGAAGGAGGAGGUACAAACUGUGCAGGAGAGCUUCAGCUCGGAGAAUCAGACCUCUGACUCAGGAUUUAAUAUGGAGAGCAACUAA